ACGUCAGAGCGCCUAGAUUUCCCAGCGCGCUCGCCUCCGAUUUUCCACAAUAUGAAUCGGGAAAAUGUUGGUGAAAACUGACCUCGACAUUUUCGAAACUAACGCAGUCAAAGUAACCAGUGUCCAACAGUUCACAAGCUGAAUUCGAUUAAAACAGACCUGUAACUAAACACAAGAAAAAUGUCUUCGGUUAAAGUAGCAGUUAGGGUUCGACCCUUCAACAACAGGGAAAUUUCCCGAGACUGCAAAUGCAUAAUCAAAAUGGGUGGAAACACUACCACUAUCUCAAAUCCAAAACUUGAUGCACGUGAGAAAGAAGGACCCAAAAGUUUCAACUUCGACUAUUCAUACUGGUCACACAAUGAAAGCGACCCAGACUUCUCAUCACAACUUCUUGUGUACAAAGACAUAGGAGAAGAAAUGUUGCAACAUUCUUUCGAUGGUUACAACGUUUGUAUAUUUGCUUAUGGUCAAACUGGUGCAGGCAAAUCCUACACCAUGAUGGGCAAACAAGAGGAAGGCCAGGAAGGCAUAAUCCCUCAAAUAUGUAAAGACCUUUUUCACAGAAUUAGAAGUAACACAAAUCAAGAUAUCAAAUACUCAGUUGAAGUAAGUUACAUGGAGAUUUAUUGCGAGAGGGUGAGAGAUCUUUUAAAUCCUAAAAAUAAAGGAAACUUGAGAGUCAGAGAACACCCUCUGCUUGGUCCUUACGUAGAGGAUUUGAGUAAAUUGGCAGUUACUAGUUACCAGGAUAUUCAUGAUUUAAUCGAUGAAGGUAACAAGGCUCGUACUGUGGCUGCUACCAACAUGAACGAAACAAGUUCAAGAUCUCAUGCAGUAUUUACAAUAUUCUUCACACAACAAAGGUAUGACGAAACCACAGAUCUAAGUACAGAAAAAGUGUCUAAAAUAUCACUGGUCGAUCUAGCUGGUUCUGAACGUGCUGAUUCUACUGGUGCAAAAGGUACUAGGUUGAAGGAGGGUGCUAAUAUUAAUAAAAGUUUAACCACACUAGGAAAAGUUAUAUCUGCUCUAGCUGAAAUAUCGGCGUCUAAGGGUAAGAAAUCCAAAAAAGCUGAUUUUAUACCAUACAGAGAUUCGGUUUUAACAUGGCUAUUGAGAGAAAAUUUAGGUGGAAAUAGUAAGACAGCUAUGAUAGCAGCUAUUUCACCGGCCGAUAUCAAUUAUGAUGAAACACUAUCUACCUUGAGAUAUGCAGAUAGAGCUAAGCAAAUUGUAUGUAAAGCUAUUGUUAAUGAAGAUGCUAAUGCCAAACUUAUCAGAGAACUCAAAGAAGAAAUACAAAAACUUAGAGAAUUACUCAAGGCUGAAGGAAUUGAAGUCCAAGAAGGUCCUGAUGGUAAAGUUGUUUACGAGAAAAAAGAAACACCGCGGGCUGAAAUUGCUGUUAAACCUGCCAAAGAAAAUGAAAGGGCCAGAACACAAUCAACAACAGCAGAAGAGGCGGUAGAUCAAUUACAAGCAAGUGAAAAAUUGAUCGCAGAAUUAAAUGAAACAUGGGAGGAAAAAUUGAAGAAAACUGAAGAAAUACGUAUUCAGAGAGAAGCAGUUUUCGCCGAAAUGGGUGUGGCUGUAAAGGAAGAUGGUAUGACCGUUGGAGUGUUCUCUCCCCAGCGUACACCACACUUGGUUAACUUGAAUGAAGAUCCAUUCAUGUCAGAAUGCCUAAUUUACUAUAUAAAAGAAGGUAUCACUAAAAUAGGAACAAGUGAAGCCCAAAAUCCACAAGACAUACAACUUAAUGGAUCUCAUAUAAAACCAGAACAUUGUGUGUUUGAAAACAAAGAUGGAAGGGUUAUGCUCUUCCCUCUAAAUAACGCACUAAUAUACGUUAAUGGUAGAGAGAUAACUGAACCGAUUACUCUCAAGACUGGUUCAAGAGUAAUUUUGGGUAAGAAUCAUGUGUUCAGAUAUACUCAUCCAGAUGAAGUUAGAGAAAUUAGAGAGAAGAACGCUCCAGCUGAAAAGGUCGAUUGGAAUUUUGCUCAAAUAGAACUUCUGGAGAAACAAGGUGUCGAUCUUAAAGUGGAGAUGGAAAAAAGAUUGGUGACAUUAGAGGAGCAAUAUAAAAAAGAGAAAGAGACAGCUGAUCAGUUAUUCGAAGAACAAAGGAAGAACUACGAAGCUCGUAUUGAUGCUCUCCAGAAGCAAGUGGAAGAACAAAGCAUGACGAUGUCCAUGUACAGUUCUUAUACUCCUGAAGAUUUCAAUACCGAAGAUGACAUUUUUGUGAACCCUCUGUUUGACACAGAGUGCAACUGGACAGAGAAAGACUACGAAAUUGCAGCUUAUUCUUGGCGAAAAUGGAAACACCAUCAGUUCACGUCUCUCAGAGAUGAUCUUUGGGGCAACGCAAUAUUCUUGAAAGAAGCCAAUGCUAUAUCGGUUGAAUUAAAGAAGAAGGUUCAGUUCCAGUUCACCCUUCUGACCGACACUUUGUACUCACCUCUACCAGUAGAUUUAAAACCAAGUGUCGAGUAUGAUCAAGAGGAUGAAACUCCAAUUUCACGCACAAUAGUAGCCGUAGAAGUCCAGGAUAUCAAAAAUGGCGCCACCCAUUACUGGUCAUUAGACAAACUCCGUCAAAAAUUGGAACUAAUGCGACUGAUAUAUAACGAGGAGGCGGAGUUAGAGAGUCCGGAUGUAGGCUGUGAUUCGAAUUUACUUCGGUGCCUUACUCAGUGUCCAGCUCCUUCACAACGCUUCACAUUAACCAGUCUCUUACCAUCGAGCCAACGCUUGGAACUCAUGAGAGAAAUGUAUCACAAUGAAGCAGAGAUGUCACCAACCUCACCCGACUACAAUGUUGAGGCUCUAACCGGUGGAGAUCCAUUCUAUGACAGAUUUCCCUGGUUUAGACUAGUGGGUAGAGGCUUUGUCUAUCUUAGCAACUUGUUGUAUCCAGUCACAUUGAUCCAUAAAGUUGCCAUUGUUAGUGAGAAAGGUGAUGUGAGAGGUUAUCUGAAAGUGGCGGUGCAAGCUGUGGUAGACGAGGACAACUCAGAACAAGUAGGAGUAAGACAGAGCGCGAGAAUUGCGUUCGAGAAUCCCAAGGGUAAAUGUACAGGAUAUUCAAUAGUCGACAGAAAUAUCCACAACAUGGAUGAUAGGAUAAUCGAAGGUCAGAAUCACAUAGAUCCCAUCAAACUGGAUGAACUGAUUGAGUGUGAUGCUGACUCUGGCCGAGGUGAUAGUUCGGUUUCAUCUGAUUUAAAGGAAGAUGAAAUUCCGGAGCAUCUUUCGGUCGGCAAAGAAUUCACAUUCAGGGUCACAGUAUUGCAAGCUGUUGGAAUAUCCGCCGAAUAUGCCGAUAUUUUCUGUCAAUUCAACUUUUUGCAUAGAUACGAUGAAGCUUUCUCAACUGAACCUGUAAAGAACACUGUUAAAGGAACUCCACUCGGGUUCUACCACGUCCAGAACAUCACAGUGUCAACAUCGAAAUCGUUCAUCGACUACAUCAAGAGUCAACCCAUCGUUUUCGAAGUAUUCGGCCAUUAUCAGCAGCAUCCCCUCCAUAAAGACGCUAAGCUUGAAGGAAGCAUACGCCAACCUCCACGUAGAAUGUUACCGCCCUCCAUACCUAUUUCCCAGCCAGUGAGAUCUAGCAAGUUUGGUGCUUUGCCGUCUCCUUGUACUGCACAUAUCCAUGCCAAGGCCGAUGUCUUGGUUUGGUUUGAGAUUUGUGAACUUGCUCCAAAUGGAGAAUACGUUCCUGUGGUUGUCGAACAUAGCGAUGAAUUACCUUGUAGAGGGCUGUUCUUAUUACAUCAGGGUAUACAAAGGAGAAUACGCAUAACGAUUGUUCACGAGAAGAUAUCCGAAAUUAAAUGGAGGGAUAUAAGAGAACUGGUUGUUGGCAGAAUAAGGAACGCUCCCGAAUCUGAAGAAGAUGAAGAUAACGAUAACUCGGUGCUUUCCCUUGGAUUAUUCCCUGGAGAAUAUUUGGAAAUUCCUGGAGAUGACAGGGUGUUGUUCAGAUUUGAAGCGGCUUGGGACAGUUCCUUGCAUAAUUCACCAUUGCUUAACAGGGUCACUUCACAGGGAGAACAAAUAUUUAUGACUAUUUCCGCUUAUUUAGAGCUGGAGAAUUGUGGUCGACCUGCAAUAAUCACUAAGGAUCUGAGUAUGGUCAUGUAUGGUAGAGAUGCGAGAACUGGCCCGAGAUCCCUAAAACACCUAUUCUCUGGAAACUACAAGAAUGCCGAAGCUAACCGUCUGUCGGGAGUUUAUGAACUUCUUCUUCGUCGAGCUAGUGAAGCAGGUAGUCCAGGUGUUCAGAGAAGACAGAGAAGAGUACUCGACACUAGUUCCACCUAUGUGAGAGGCGAAGAAAACCUUCAUGGCUGGAGACCAAGGGGAGAUUCCUUGAUAUUCGAUCACCAAUGGGAACUGGAAAAACUGACAAGACUGGAAGAAGUAGAACGUGUACGACACACUUUACUACUCAGAGAGAAACUGGGUGUCGACAAGUCAUAUAAUAAAUAUCAUCUUGAGUAUACCAAGAACGAAAAAGACGUAUGCAAUAUGGUUGCUAAGAACAAUAAUAUUAACGCCAGCGCUGCUCAAAAUUUGGACUUCUAUGAAUAUUCUGACCGCGAGAAGGAGUUAUUGAUGAAAUGCAUAAGGCUCAUUCAGGGAAAAGGAGCUAGGGAUGCUUUGAACAACAUUAAGGAUGAAGUGAGCAGUCCCUCUGAGGAAGCUACAGAAAUGAGUACCAGUAUGUUGUCGAGUAUGGUUUCGAACAGUUCGAUAGAACUUUGUUCUCCGGAAAGAGCUGCAUUGCCAGGUGAAUGCGCGCCAUUCCCCCAAAUAUCACCAAUCCCUCCAGCACCUCACGAUCCAGACCUUGUUCUUUAUGUGCCAGACAUGGAAGAGAUACGAAUUUCACCUGUUGUUGCUAGAAAAGGGUAUCUCAAUGUGCUGGAACACAAAACCCAUGGUUGGAAGAAACGUUGGGUGUCUGUGCGACGACCGUAUGUGUUCAUCUUCAGGGAUGAGAAGGACCCAGUGGAAAGAGCACUCAUAAACUUGGCAACAGCCCAAGUGGAAUAUUCUGAGGAGCAAUCUACGAAUGUACAGAUGUCAAAUACAUUCAGUGUAAUCAGUAAACAUAGGGGUUACCUCCUGCAGACGUUGCAUGAGAAAGAUGUGCACGAUUGGCUCUAUGCUAUUAAUCCCCUUUUAGCUGGUCAGAUAAGGUCGAAAUCGGCAAGAAGACAACCACGAAAAGUCCAUGAAACAAACGAGAAUACAAAUUUUUUCCUAUAUUCGAAUUUGUAGUUUCGUUGGUAAUUCUCAGAAGGAUCACAGAGGUGUAAUGAACAAUUCGAAUUUUAACGAUCAAGUUGAUAUUGUAUGAUAUAUUUAUUUAUUUAAUAAGCUACGAAAUGAUUAUUACUUGAAGUAAUCGAUGUUUAAAAGAAUUGUAACACAAGUAUUUAACGCUUCUAGACGGUAAUUUAAAAUAAAGAUAACUUAUUGUAUAAGCCAAUUCAAGAUUUUUGGAAUCUGCAAUUUAUCCAGGCAUUCCAUGAAAUCGAGUAAUUUAAUUGCCAAACUAAGGGUUCAAAGAUAAUAAAUGAAAUCCAGAUAAUAACACAAAUUAAUAAUGUUCUGCUUGUUCCUUUGACAACAGAUCAAUAUAAUAAAAUAAAACAAAUCAAUAUUCAUUAUUUUAAACGAUUCAUCUUCAUGAUUGAUUCGUAAUCAUUAUUUCUGUUUAUACAUAUAUAUAUUCAAAUGAUUGUCUUGCUUGUACGAAUUUAAAAAAAAGAAAUAUCACAACAAUAGCUUAGUUGUGUGAAACGAAAUUGAGAUUGACAAAUUAAAGAAGUUCAAACAGAACAAUAUAAAAAAUAUAGAUCUGAUUGAUGAUAUAUGUGGAGAAUUAACUGACUAUUAUUAAUGUUGAAUUUGACAAGAACACGCUAGAGAAGUUGGAUAAAGUAUAAUUCCUAUGAGUAACAAAACAAAUUAGUUGAAUAGAAAGAUAUUUUUAAAACUGUAAUCAACGCAGUCUCAUAAUUUUACUCGAUUUCUUGGAUACCUAUAUUUUGAGGCCUAUUUUUAUCCUCAGUGUCAGUUUGAUUAUAAUUAUGGAGAAAUGCAUUGCAAAAAUUAAAUCCACUAUGAAGCUAGCUUUUUCACCCAAGAAAAGAUCACUGCUGACGUGUAAUGUACAGGAUGUAUUUCAUAUUGUGGAAAACAAACCAUUAUUGUUGCUGCUUUUGCAGCUAGGUUGGAGUUUAUGCUGUUUUUGAAUGAUAGUUUAUCUGACCAAAUUUUUUGAAAGACGUGUCUUAGAAAAUACCAGUGUUAAUCUCCAUCUGGUGGAAGGAAGAUUAUUUUUUUCAUUAUGGAGAACUAAGGAAGAUAGAUUAAAACACUUAAUAAUCAACAUCUUGAUGUAUAGAAAUGUAUAAAUGUAUUCCGAAUGAACAUAUUCUUCGAAUCCCUAACAAACAUAAUCUUAUUCAAUAUCUUCACAUAUUUACACUUAAUUUUUGGAAAUAUUGAGUUUUGUUCCUUUGUACAUUUAUUCAUAAGUUGAAUAAUAAUUUACUCUCAUGAGCAUUCCGAAGAAAAUUAGAGAGGAAUUUUUAUUUGGUUCUCAUAUAUAAACUUUCGAAUAUGGUGAAAUUUGAGCUUUAAAAUGAAUACAUUGUUGUGAUUUCAUUUUCGUGAUUUGUUUAUUAUUCAAUCACAUUUUAAUAGAUGACUAUAAUAUGUUGUAGUUGCUUGUUACCAAAAAAGUCAAUUUUAUUUUUCUAGUUACUGAACUUACUAUACCUUAAUGUCUCUCUUACGCUACCUAUACGCUUUGGAUGCUAAUUAAUGUAAAAAUAUGAAGAAUGUAAUAGGUAGAGAAUAUUCCUAGGUAUAUUAUUUUAACUUGACCUUUGUGAUAUUUUAAUUUUUUCGUUAUUUAUAUUUACCAUCAUUGUAUAAUUGUGUAAGCAUAACAAUAAAUAAAUGAAUUGAAUCUCCAAA